AUGGGUCUUCGUUCGGGACCAUCAGACGAGAAGGAUGACACCCCAAUGACGGAUGGGGCUGUGAAUGACACCCCGAUGGUAGACGAGGCUGUGAAUGUUAUUCUUCCCAUCGGCGGCAUCGGCUCAAGGUUCGCCAAACAAGGCUAUCGUUAUCCCAAGCCGCUCAUCAAUAUCGUUGGAAGGCCGAUCAUUUUAUGGCUGAUUGACAACCUUCAGUUAAGAAAAGACGAUACCGUGUGGAUGGCCAUCAAUGAGGACGUGGAUGAAGUCUUCCGUGUUGGUCAACUGGUCAGCAAGGCCUUCCCCAAGCUCGACAUCAGACUCGUCAAACUACGGCACCAGACCAAAGGGGCCAGCGAAACUCUGUAUGUCGUCUCUCAAAGCAUGACAAGAGAACACCUUACCAGGAAAACGGUCUCGCUUGAUUGUGAUACCAUAUACUGGGCAGAUAUACUCGGCAGGAUCCGGGCACUGCCGUCUGGUUGCGGUGGUUGCUUUUACUUCCGAGAUGCUGGGGACAAUCCUAUAUUCAGCUACUUGAAAACGGAGCAGGAGGCUGGGCUUGAGAGAAUUGUCGACAUCCAAGAGAAGAAGGCCAUAUCUCGGAAAGCGAACACGGGAGCCUACGUCUUCCCAAGCGCCUCGAAGUUGAGGACCUGGGCCGCCCAGAACCUAGACUACAUUGUUCAGGAUGAUACUGAAGUUGGCGAGUUUUACACUUCGCAUCUCAUUCUGCUUAUGAUUCAUAACGACGUGACCUUCCUUGGUCUGGGCAUCGAGAAGAAGGACUUCGAUUGUGUUGGGACGCCUGAGCAGUUGCAAGAGCUGCUCAUGAGCCUCAAGUCCUCCGAGGAGCCCAAGCUCAACAACAAGCGCAGAUUCUGCUUUGAUCUGGACAUGACACUGGUGGGAGUGCCGGCGGUCCCAGGCGAUUAUUCCACGUGCCCUCCCAUAGAGAAGAAUAUCAGGCUGGUCCAGCAGCUUCACAAAGCAGGUCACUACAUCAUCAUCCAAACCGCCCGGAGAAUGCGUACCCAUCACGGCAACGUUGGAGCCGUUAUAGCGGACGUCGGGCAGCUCACCCUCAGACAGCUCGACAGAUACAAGAUCCCGUUCCACGAUGUUCACUUCGGAAAGCCAUAUGCGGAUGUCUACGUGGACGACUUGGCCGUCAACUCGAACCUCGACACCAUGCGAGAGAUUGGCUGGCUCCUCGAGGACUCGAAUAUGGCGGUCAUCCCGGAACAGUCAGAUGCUUCUACUAAGAAGGCCGGCAUGAUUCCAGCUCGUGAUUUCAACACCAUCCAAAUGAUUGGCGACAAGGUCGUCAAGUCCAGCAAGUCGGAGAAUAUCCUGGGCGAACUCUACUUCUACGCCCACAUGCCUCAGGAGCUGUCGCAUGUCUUCCCGUCGGUCUACAAUGUCGAUUACAUCCCAGACACAAAGAACUUCACCAUCACAAUGGAGAACCGCAAAGGCCAGACCUUCUCACACCUUCUCGUGGGCCGAUCUAUAACGAAGGGUCGCCUAGUCUCCCUACUCAAGGCACUGCACACCAUACAUUCAGCUCAAAGCAAUUCAGAACCAUCCUUGAAUGUGUCAAGCGCACUUGCGGCAAAGUUCGACGCCCACUCCUUGGAGCGGGCCGACCACCACGUGAACAUCUACGCCAACUACGGCGCGAAGCUGCGAUCGCGCUAUGAUACGCACCGCGAGCGAUACGACGCUCUCGGCCCCGUGGCAGCAUCGUUGUUCAGCCGUCUCAACGAGUUCCUUGACACCUACGAGGCCGAAGACAAGGGCGUCCACGCCCAGGUCAUCCACGGAGAUCCCGUCUUCAGCAACGCCAUCCUGUCCAAGGACGAGAAGCUGGUCAGCUUUAUCGACGUGAGGUGCCAGCUGGAGAACACGCUCACGCCCGAGGGCGACAUCCACUAUGACCUGGCCAAGGUUCUGCAGUCCCUGUGCGGGUACGACCACAUCCUGUUCAUGUCGGCGAAUAAAUGCGAUCUCUCGGGCUACGACGGCGAAGGAGCAACGCCCCUCCUGGACCAGCCCGACGCGGACCUUCUCGAGACGCUGCGGGGCGUCUUCUUCGAGUACUUGGAGGGCUCCUACAAGGUGCGCCUGCACCGUAAGACCCUGUAUCGCAUCACGGCCAGCCUGUUCUUCAGCUUGAUUCCGCUUCACCGCCCUGAGCUGGGUGCCGUGUUCUUGCGGCUUUGCAAGGAGACACUGGAUAAGGCGAGCGGGAUCAGUCCCGGCAUCGGGUCUAGGACUGCGAGUGUCAUGGCAUUGUCAAGGACUCUGAGCGGCAUCGGCACGCUCAGCAACUGCAUGAGCCCAAUCUCAUAG